CAACGUUCUCAUCCAUGUCUGAUCCUCUGCCCACGCAUACUGCUUUCUGAAGCCGAAAAGGACCAGAACGCUCCUUGUUCUCAUCUGUGUCUCCAUCCUCCAGCUCUGGAAGAGUGUCUCAGGGGAUCCAAAAAUCCCGCAGCACCAAGGCGCCGACACACUCCAGACCCACCGCGCCCAUUGCAACGAUAAUGAUGACGAUCCCCGGCGUGGUGGCUCUCGCGCUCGGCACCCUCUACGGGCUAGGCCUCACAGCGGGCCCCGGCCUGUCCAAGCUGCUUCCCGCCCACCCGCUACACAAGCUGAUGAAGGACGGCUUCCACCUGUUAAUUGGCCCCUUCUACGGCGUGCCCGGAGAUCUGUUCCGGAUCGUGCUCGGGAUUGCGGACUCGUGCGCGGGCGUGGGGUUGUUGGUGGCGCUCUGGGGCGAGUUCUUGGGGCUCUUGGGUCCAGGGGGGCCCGGCACACUGCUUGAACUGGCACAGUCGCUCAUCAUCUGCGCGUGCAUCGGCUCGGGCUGGAUCAAUGCCAACGCCGUUGCCUUCGACGCCGCGGUCGGCGGGGACUGGAAGCCCUCCCUCGUCCUGGCCCUCGUGGCCGCCGUGCUGCUCGCCUGCCGCCUGAUGGUGACCGACAGGGUGCUGCCCCUCCUGGUCGGGGGCUUCGUGGGGGCGUGCCUCCUGAUGCUGGCCGUGAGUCUCACCUGCCGCGGCCUGUACGGCACGCCCCUGAAGGAGGCCAGGGAGAAGCACGCCGAGUUCCAGAAGAUCAUGGAGGCGGAGAUGGCCGGGCCGGGGGCCUCCACGGAGCCGCUCGCCAAGCCGGAGGCGUGAGCGGCGCCCACCGGCGGGGCCCGCAUUUUGGCCGUCCGGUGGGGGCCGCCAUCCUGACCCCCUCUUCGUUCCCCUUGAGUCCUCCUCUUUGCAAGCAGCAAGCAGACUUCGCUUCAUCCAAGGCUGGAUCCCGAACUCGCUCUGGUUCUGCCCGUCACGCACGGCGAAGCCCGCUGCGGGGCACAGAAUCGUCUCACAACCCAUCACGCCGUGAUGCUGUCGCAGAGCGCUAUGUCGGGGCCCCAGGGGUUGGCGGUGAAAGGAGAGGGGAAAGGAGGGGUUAUGCUGGGGAUGCCUACGUAAUUGGUAUGAAUUUGUACAAUUGCACUUCCUCCGUGAGUCCAUCUGCGACAUUUAUUAAGAGAGGAAGCAGUGUGCUGCAAGGUCGGCGCUGCAUCCACCAGCCUCCGCAUCCUUCUACUGUUCACCUAUUCGCGUCUUCCUCCUCUCGCCCCAGCCUUCUGCAAAGCGUGUUUCUUUAUUAAAAACGCGCCAUCCCCGACCUGACUCCGCCAUAUCCGAUAUAUGGGCACACGCAGCCGCCAGGUGCUGGCGGCGUCCCUCUCUGCGCCAGGCCACGCAUUGAAUCAAUCAUGACAUGGGAUGGGUUUCCUUUUCCCUCCCUUCUCGCUGGCGUCUGGUGGUGGAGCCAGGGCGCGCGGUCACUGCACCAGCAAGGUGCUCUGAGCAUCCCUAUACGGUAGGGGCGUAGUGUCGGAAUGGGCCUAGGAGGCGUCGGACCCUGGAGGACUCCUGAUCUGAUGAGAGCGGCGGUGAUAUUCAUUGUCAAACCUCAGUUGGGGUUCCAUCAGCUGUCAGCCCCUAGAUUCCUUGCCCAAGGGUUUCUUGUUCAAAUUCCUCAUUGUAUUCAGAGGUGAUACGUCUUGCCCUUCUUGGCGCCCCUGGGGGCCAGGCUCAUUCUGCGCCUACCAGCUGCAACGUGUUCCCUUUUAUCCUCGCUUCCA